CGUGACCUUUCCUCCCCGCCCGCACCGUCGUCCCGGCUCGCGGCCCACGGCGACAAAGCCCGGCCCCGGUGCGUGUCGGCGCCGCUGCUGCCGCGUCCCCGGCGGUGCCCCGGACGGCGCCGCGGAGCUCACCCGCUCGCGUCAUGGCGGCCCUCAGCAAGUCCAUCCCGCACAACUGCUACGAGAUCGGCCACACUUGGCACCCUUCCUGCCGGGUCUCCUUCCUGCAGAUCACUUGGGGCGCCCUGGAGGAGUCCUUGAAGAUCUAUGCCCCCCUGUACUUGAUUGCAGCAGUCCUCCGGAAAAGAAAAUUAGACUAUUUUGUAUACAAACUCCUCCCUGAGAUCCUGCAAUCUGCUUCAUUUCUGACUGCUAAUGGGGCCUUGUAUAUAACUUUCUUUUGCAUUUUAAGGAAGAUUCUUGGAAAAUUCUACUCAUGGUCUCCUGGCUUUGGUGCUGCUUUGCCCGCGUCGUACAUGGCCAUUCUCAUCGAGCGGAAAAGCAGGAGAGGGCUGCUCACAAUUUAUAUGGCCAAUUUGGCUACAGAAACACUAUUCAGAAUGGGUGUUGCAAGAGGAACCAUCACAACGCUAAGAAAUGGAGAAGUUCUCCUGUUCUGCAUCACAGCGGCCAUGUACAUGUUCUUUUUCAGGUGCAAAGAUGGUUUGAAAGGAUUUACAUUUUCUGCACUUAGGUUCAUUGUAGGGAAGGAAGAAAUUCCCACACACUCUUGCUCACCAGAGGUAGCAUAUGCAAAAGUGGAACAAAAGAGGGAGAAACACAGGGGAAGAUCAAGAGGAAUGAAUAUCAUUGCUCUACUUAGGACGCUAGUGGAUUCAAUAUGCAAGCAUGGACCACGGCAUAGAUGCUGCAAACAUUAUGAAGACAAUUGCAUCUCUUACUGCAUUAAGGGCUUUAUCAGGAUGUUCAGCGUGGGGUACCUCAUCCAGUGCUGCCUGCGCAUCCCCUCUGCGUUCCGGCACCUGUUCACAGAGCCCUCCCGGCUGCUUUCCCUCUUCUACAACAAGGAGAACUUCCAGCUAGGAGCUUUUCUCGGCUCUUUUGUUAGUAUAUACAAGGGUACUAGCUGCUUCCUGCGCUGGGUCAGAAACCUAGAUGAUGAACUACAUGCUAUUGUAGCAGGAUUUUUGGCAGGUGUAUCAAUGAUGUUUUAUAAAAGCACAACAAUUUCCAUGUAUUUAGCUUCCAAAUUGGUAGAGACAAUGUAUUUCAAAGGCAUUGAAGCUGGAAAGGUCCCCUAUUUUCCUCAAGCAGAUACAAUAAUCUAUUCCAUCUCUACAGCAAUUUGUUUCCAUGCAGCUGUUAUGGAAGUCCAGAAUUUGCGGCCAUCUUACUGGAAAUUCCUUUUAAGGCUCACCAAGGGCAGAUGCUUGGCUUGGAGAAGUACAGAAAUGCGAGAGCCCAUAGCCAGGGUGACAGUAGAGGCAGUGACAAUGCAGAAAAGUCAGGGUGGAGACAAGUACAGGAAAGUGGCGGAACUUGUGGGAGGGAUGAGUGACAGUGUCAAAAAUGACAGGCUUUCUGGGAGCUUAGACUCCCAGCUAUGUGGGAAGACGAGCAAGGGACUGCCACUUGUAGGUAGUUCGUCUCUUACUCUCUAUGGCAUGGCCCAAGGACUUGAGGGCAGCUUUGCGAUUCGGUGCCUCCUCUCCUGCACAACUUGUUCUGUUCUGAGGAAAGGAUGGGAGAAACUGAGCACAGAUAUUAAGUGCUCCGACAUGGGGUAUGCAGCCAGAGCAUCUUUUGGAAGGAAGUGUUUUAUUUCGGCCUGCAGCUUCAAGGGUAGAUUUCUUCAUGGUGUGGGGAAGCAUGCCACAUGCAAGCAGCAGGGUCACCACAUCUUGUCACUGCAGCAGGGCGGCGACUAUCACCACCUUGCUGCUGAGCUGGUGAGAAGCAGCUUCCGAAAGACACUUCUUGCAAGGCAUACGGAAAGAAACAGAGUAAAUCCUAGAAGGAAGAAAACUUUAAGGAAAGAAAUGGUUGUGGGGGAUGUUGCCAUCACCCCCAUCAUCAUCGUGAUCCCCUCUCCAGCUCAAAAAUUGCCUGUGGGAAAACUAGAUCCAUGGCAUGAGGAAGAAGACAAGGAACUGGCUGGAACAAUUGGCUAUUCAGCUGAUGCUGGGCAAGAGUAG